AUGGCCACAUUCAGCAACAUUUCUAUGAUAGUUCUAUGUUUCGUGAUUAGUUCUGCAUUAAUGAUCCAAACCGGGGUUUCACGUGAUAUUCCAGAAGCAGAAGCAUCAAAUGCACCAGAACCAUCAUCAUCGUAUGAUGAUGAUCAUCUAAGCACCUGUGCAGCCAAGUUAGACCCAGGUUGUGGUGACGAGAUAUUCUCAGCUGUAUUUUAUGGUAGCCAAACAAUUAGUGGUGAAUGUUGUGACACACUUGUGAGUGAUGCUGGAAAAGCAUGCCAUGAUGAUAUGACAAAAUAUAUUUUGAAAUUAAAAAAGUUCCCGAAUGAACAUCAGAUCUUGCAUAGAAGUGAGAAUGUUUGGAAUGCUUGUGUUGCGUUGGACUACCCUGCGGCUGAACCAGUUGCUGUGCCCAGUGAUGAGAGUUUAUACAAUUGA